CUCUCCUCCUCAUUCUUCUUAUCCUCCGCCAUCUGCGUCUCAAUCUCCAUCUUCCGAUUAAACUCCACCUCCGUCACCCGCUUCUCGCGCGCCGAGUACCCCUUCUCCUUCACGCUAUAGAAGACACCCCCCAGCUCCGCGAGCCACUUCGGAUCCACAGACGUCACGGUAGACAUGUACUCCUUCGACGUCAAGAUCAGCUCGUGAUACACCACAUAAUCCGGCAAGUAUCCCAGACCAUACAGCGCACUCGUCGGGUGCAGCUGGAUCGCCACACUCGUGCGCAGAUUCACAUACUCCCCAAUCCCCUUCACCUUCGCGGCCUGAUGAUAAUAUCCCGAGCAAAUACACUUCCGAAUAACAUCCCAAUCGGUCCCACAGCUCACCAUCGUCAUCUUCUGCAUCUUCAUGAUAUCCCCGAUCUGCUCUCUGAUCUCCUUGGCGCGGCGCAGCGACUUCGGGUGCAGGAAGUGCCGCGUGCACCACGCGUCGCUGUAGCCGUUGCUCUUCCACUGCGAGUACACGUGCAGGUACGUGAGGUGGUCGGACUCGGGGACGAAGAACUUCUCGCGCGCGGCGUCGGAUUCUUCUUGGCGCUCUUUGGGGCGGUAGAAGAUGGAGGGGACUGAGAGCAUGGAGACUAUGGUCAGCAUUUCUUCGCUGCAGCUGUAUUCUUCGGAUGUGAUGAGGAGUUUGGCCAGCGAGGGGUCCAUGGGGAAGGGCGUCAUUUUGAGGCCGACGUCCGUGAGAUCGCCGAUGUUAUUCAGCGCGCCGAGGGCCCAGAGGUCGAAGAGUGAUGUGGUAAUGGUAUCUUGCGGCGGUGGGUCCAUGAAGUCGAAAUGGAGGAGGUCCUUGACGCCGAGGGAUUUGAGAAGGAGAACGGUGUUGCUGAGGUUCGUGCGCUGGAUUUCAGGAAUGGUCUGGAUGUACAACUCGUCCUUGUAUGCGGCUUCGGUGAAGAGACGGAAUGCCUUGCCUGGGCCGGUACGGCCUGCGCGUCCGGAUCGUUGAGACGCGUUAGCUUGCGAUAUAGGCGUGAUCUGGAGAGUAUCCAUGCCCAUUCGCGGGUUAUACACCUUGAGCUUGGAAUAUCCGGCAUCCACCACAUACAUAAUACCGUCGACUGUCAAACUCGUCUCGGCGAUAUUGGUUGCAACAAUGACCUUCCUGACACCUGGCGCCGCUCUGUCGAAAAUCUUGGCCUGCAGGUCUGCCGGCAUCUGACUGUAAAUCGGUAGGAUGCUGAGCUUAGGAGGGUCAUUGAGCGCAUUCAGGCGAUCCCGGAUAAGUUCACAGGUGCACUCGAUAUCCUCUUGUCCAGUCAUGAACACCAAGAUAUCGCCUGCGCCCAUGGAAACAUGGAUGGCAAGAACUUGCUGCACCGCCUGGUCGACAUAAUCCUCAACCGGAGAGCGAUGAAACAUGACAUCCACGGGGAAUGUUCGACCGGGGAUGAAGAAUUCUGGCGCUCCACCAUAAAAGUCCGAGAAGCGCUUCGAGUUCAUAGUAGCCGAUGUGACGAUCAACUUCAAGUCUCGUCGGCGGGCCAGGAUGUUCUUGAAAAGUCCCAUGAGCACAUCAGUGUUGAGAGCGCGCUCGUGGGCCUCGUCCAUGAUGACACACGAAUACCUGUCCAGAUCUGGCUCAUUGAGAGACUCGCGCAGCAAGACACCGUCUGUCAUAUACUUGAUAACCGUCUCCUUGCUCGUGCAAUCCUCGAAACGGAUCGCAUACCCAACCGUGCUGCCAAGCUUGCAUUCCAUCUCCUCGCUCACACGCUUUGCCACACUCAUCGCUGCCACACGACGUGGCUGGGUGCACCCGAUCAUCCCCCUCUUCCCAUACCCAUCCUCGUAAAGGAACUGCGUCAGCUGGGUCGUUUUACCAGACCCCGUCUCUCCCACAACGAUAACAACCUGGUUAUCCCUAAUAACCCUCAGCAGAUCCUCCCUCACCGCAAAUGCCGGCAAAUACUCCUUCUGCUCCCUCAGCGUCUUACUCUGACUGAAAUCACUCGCCCCCUCACUCUUCUUCGCCAUAUGCUCCGCAAACUUGCUAUCCCCCCUCCCCCCCUCCUCCCCCGGCGCCGGCGCCGCACUAUCCCCCUCAUCCUCCUUAAUCCCCAUCAGAUUCCCCAACGCCGUGCCCGCCAUAUUCGUCGCCUCCUGCGCCUGCUUCUGCCUCUCCUUCUGCUGUCUCCGCUCCUUCACCACCCGACUCCCCUUCCGGCUAAACACCGCCAUAUCGCUCUGAUUAUCCCUAAUCGCCGGCACCGGAUCCACCUGCUUCGUAAACACCGUCCGCCCAUCCAAAAACGGCGGGCGCAGAUCGUGAAUCAGCAAAUGCACACGCGUCUGCUCUUCAUCAUCCUCGAAAUCGUCGCCGAAGUCCCGACGCUGCGCUACGCCAGACGUCAACAUCCGAUUCGUCUCCCAGGCGUCAACAUCCCGCUGCUUCUGCGCCGCGCGCGCCGUAACCCGCUUCGCGGUCUUCUUCUCCACCAGCGCCGCCUCCUUCUGUCGGUCCUCCCACGAGGUAUCGUACGAGCCGAAGGGAUUGUGCAUUUCGUCGCCAAACACAUGUCCGCUCUCGUCGCCGGCGUACCAGUCGCGGUCGAGAGCAUUCGAGUCCUCGACGUCGACUGCGGGUUCGGGGCCAUCGAACCCAUGCUGCUUCGGCGUACCGGGGUAUUGGGAUUGUCCGCGUGGUGUUGA